CAUACGUAUACCUAUUUAGUCUACUUAUAUGUCUAACCGGUUAUUGGGUGGUAAGAGUUGUAAGAAUUAUAAGAGUUGCCUUUUUGACAUAGUGAUCAUUGAUCACUAACACAACUACGAAAAGGAGAUAGUGAGAGUUGCAGAUCUAAAGAACCAGUUUUUCAAUAAGGAUUUGGCAAAGAUCACCUCUUCACAGUCUUAUCGAUCUUAUGUGUGUACAGAGGAUCGAUUAUCACUCAAUGUUGUGUUGGUGCAAUAUUGCAGUUCUCUUUUGUAUUGUGUUGCUGAAUUGUGCUGCGUAUUAGCAAUUAGCAAACAUUAUGGAUAGGAAUCAAACUCCCAAUAAAAAUAGAAAUCAACAACAAUCUUCUGAAAAUUCAGAUGGACCAGGCUGGGGAACAAUAUUCGGUGGCAUUGGGCUUGCGUUGGGUGCCGCUGCUGCUGCGGGGGCAGUCCUGAUUAGUCGCCACUCGGAAGAAUCGUCAUCUUCAUCGUCAUCUCGUGUUACCAGAACGACGUCGUCCUCCGAUCAGCCUAAUCAAAUAAGGACAGAAUUCCAGAGCACUUCCUUCCACUCGAGAACUGUCCACAACCCGAUGCCAUCGAGUCCUGAGAAACCUGAGGGGAAUUGUCUCAUUCUUGCAGUUGACGCCAGCCCUGUAAGAGGUGGUGCCAUUCUUCGGAUGUGCAGUGCCAGCCGAAAACUAAUCUACUUUUACUCGGUUGACUGGUCCAGAUAUUUAAACUUUCCACAUGAGUCAGACAAAUUUGAAAUGGUUAACGCACUUCUCGCUUUGCUUUCUUUGAAACAACAAAUUAAUUCUUUGAAGACGGAAUGUUGGCAAGAACUUGUUUUGAAGACGGACAAUAAUUUCAUCAACACGACAAGAUAUGUUGACCCUGAAGAUGACCGUCUAUUGCGACGAUUUAAGGCUGAGAUAUCUGAGCUAAAUGUUACCCUAGAGCAUGCAAGGCAGAGAUAUGACUUUGAUAUGAAGAAUUCCAAUCAGUUAUCAAAAAGUGGAGCUAGCGAAUGGGUUCGGCACAACUUACAAGAAGAUUACAAUGAAUACACAGUGAUCGAUAUGUCAGAUGAGGCUGAGAGUUAUUUAGGAAGAAAUCUAAAUAUGGUCCCCACCAGGUAUCACGUCUCUCGUUGAUUUCAUAACGAAAUCGGAAUUAUCAUGAGUUUUUUUAACUGCUUGUAUGGUUAAAACAGAUUAAUUUUACAAGCAUGCGUCUGGAGUAUUUAUGUAAAUAGAGCAUUAUUGGUUUUAAGGAAUUCAAAAAAUUGGUAAAUAAAUGCAAAUAUGAAGGCUAAACCUUUUAUGUACCCUUAAAAUGUAUUAAGACCUUGAGUUAUGAAAAGAUUUAUUCUGAAAUUUUUGAAAAAAAUAUCUUUGUAAAUAUAUGUAAAUGCUCUGUUGGAUUACUAAAUCGUUAAUGUAUUAUCACAUUUGGUAAGAAUGCAUAAAUUUCUGUGUUACGUUUUUUAAAAAAAAA